UUGCUUGUUGUUUGGACACGCCAUUUCAAUUCCAAAUCUAUCGAUUUCUUUGCUCCCAUUGGUGUCAGAUUUACCGUGAAAAAUUUCACCAGACGUGGAAAUACAUUCGGGAUCCGAUCGAACGGGUUCACCAAAUCUACAACCGCUAUCAACACUUGUCAGCCCACAUUUACAAAACUGUUUCGCCGGCUUGGUACAGUUCACAAACCUUCACGAUCGGAAAAUAAUAUUUCGUUGAGCCACUUCCCAGUCAAACGGUCACAAUCCGUGCUGGAUACCGGUAUGACUUCGUGCGCGGAAAGACGAGCGUGUGAUCUGAGUGCUUUGGAAACGGAGGCACACGAGUCGCGCGUGGGUAGAAAUACGCGGUUUGCGAUGAAACACUUGAGACAAGUAUCCGCAUCUCGAAAAUCCCGUGCGACAAUCGGUCCACCGGAUCGGAUUGAAAGCGUGGAGUCCGGUCAAUCAGAGUUCCAUUUGGAAAAUCACGCGAAUGAACAUAUUUGGUCUAAUUUGUGGCACAGUGGUAUGCCCGAUCGAUCAUGGCAGAUUUGGGGUAAUUGUGGUUGGAAUGAAACAUUCGCCAAAGAUUUACCUCCGCUGCAUUUGUUUAAUGAUUUGAAUGGUAGCGGUUCACAAAUGAAACUGACCGGCUGUGGUGGUACAUCACGCCGCGCUGAAAGCACAUUCAGACCGGAGCAACAACUGUACCACAGGGAUGAGAGGAAAGAGACGAAGUUACCCGUGGAAAUCAAACAACAACAACAACAAUCCUCUAACCAAUCUCCCCAGGGGGCGACUAAAAUACCCAGUCUUCAUGUGAAACGGUUAGUCCUCGAACCGGGACGAAGCUCGAUCAUCGAGACGACUGGUCGUUCGAAGCCAGGAUCGCUUUCAAACAACACUGGCUAUGUUCGUUUAGAUACAGAUGUUGGAACCGCGCAAUAUCCGGAUCCCCGAGUCGGAGCCAGUUCCGAAUUUCUGGCCCGACUCGGUGAAUUGCUCAAUCUUGAGGAGACCACUAAACGUUGUGAACGGAUACGAUGGCGUCGACGUGUCAAAAAACGAACGCCAUCAAUCGGUGCAGGCGGAGACGCGUAA